UGCAGCCAGUGUUUUGACCUUCAUCGCUUCCCUUACUCUUGGCUGCCGGACAAGCCAAAUUCCAGCAGUCUCCUCCCCCCUCAGCUGUUUUUGCACUGCCGAGCUAUAUCCUUGGAGCGGCCCAGUGGAGGUCAAGCCCGACAACGAACAAAAGAGAAAACGAGAGAGAAGCAGGCGGGAGAAAAUGAGAUCCCUGCUGGUGGCUCACAUACAGUCCCUCCGAUGCUUCACCACCACUUCUGCCCGGCAAAUGAAAAACAGAGUUCCUGAAUAUCAGAAGAUCUUCCAGGCAGACAACGAUUUGCCUGUGCACCUGAAAAGGGGGACCACGGAUAUGCUGAUGUACCGCAUCACCAUAGGCAUCUCCACCUUGGCCACCAGCUACGCGAUAUACUCCUUGUACCUACUUGGAAGACCCAAAAAGCACAACUGAGAAGGACGCCGGGGGGGGAGGCUGCCAGCCCAGACCCUGCUCGGACCCCCCCUUGACGCUGCUCCUGUUGACCAGCUCCAAAAGCAGAAAAGAGCGAAUCCUGUUUUGGGGAGAAGAACGACCAGACCUGCGGGGGUUGAAGGAAGCAUUUUUCAAAACGCCAGGAGCGUACACGGUCCGUAUAGAAACACAAAUAAACAAACAGAAUAAAAUG